CCACCAUCUCGAUUUAAGCACUCGAUCGGCGCCCUUCCCGAGCCUGUCUCUCUGCUUGCGCAUCUCGUGCCCACCGCAUUUCCCGGUCCCUGGCUGUCUGAUCCGACGUCGUCUCCAGCACCCGCAUCGUUUUCCGCCUCGCUCAACCACCACCCAGCAACCAUGUUGACCAUCGCUCGUCUGACCCGCGCGGCUCCUCUCCGCGCCAAGUUCCAGGUUCACAGAGGCUUCUCGUCCAUGUCGUGUGUCCGACAGGCAACCCACUUGGACAAAGAUACCCACGCUUCCACUGCCCAGCGUCUCCAGGAGGACUCCAAGGUCCUGCUCUCGCUGUACGGACGCCCCUCGCUCAUCUUCACCCACGGCCAAGGUGUCCGACUCUUUGAUCUUGCCGGUCGCUCCUACCUCGACAUGAACGCCGGCAUCGCCGUCAACGCCCUUGGCCACAACCACCCGCAGGUUACCAAGGUCAUCAGCGAGCAGGCCCAGAAGCUCAUCCAUCUCAGCAACCUCUACCACAACGAAAACGCUGGAGACCUUGCCAGGCUUCUCGUCGCGCAGCUCAACGGCCGCGGCAAGUGGUCUGAGGGCGCCAAGGUGUUCCUGUGCAAUUCCGGCACCGAGGCCAACGAAGCCGCCAUCAAGUUCGCCCGCAAGUAUGGUAAGGCCAAGGGCAACAACCCAAACAAAGACACGAUCGUCUCCUUCAGCAAUGCCUUCCACGGCCGCUCGCUCGGUGCUCUGUCGGCUACCCCCAAUCCCAAGUACCAAGCUCCCUUUGCGCCGCUGAUUCCCCACUUUGUUCACGGCGAGUUCAACAACAUUGCCCAGCUCAAGGAUCUUAUCAACGAGAACACCUGUGGUGUCUUUGUCGAGCCUGUCCAGGGUGAGGGCGGCAUUCACCCGUCUACCCACGCCUUCCUGAAGGCCCUCCGCGAGCGCUGCGACGAAGUCGGCGCCGUGCUUGUCUUUGACGAGAUCCAGUGUGGCUUGGGUCGACUUGGAAGCUUCUAUGCCCACCAGCAGUACGACAUUACUCCCGACAUCGUCACGAUUGCCAAGCCUAUUGCCAACGGCCUCCCCGUCGGUGCUACCAUUGUGAGCGAGGCCGUCGCCUCGGUGAUCAAGCCUGGUGACCACGGCACUACCUUUGGCGGCUCGCCAUUCGCUUCAGCCGUCGCCAAGGAGGUGUGCAGCAUCAUCCAGACCCCGCAGUUCCUGCAGGGCGUCCACAAGAAGGGCGUCUACCUCUUGGAAAAGUGCAAGGAGGCUGCCGCCGGCAGCAAGCUCGUCGCGGAGGUGCGCGGCAAGGGUCUCAUGGUGGGCAUCCAGCUCAACGAGGGCGUCAGCACCCAGACUUUUGUUGAUCUUGCCCGCGAGCACGGCGUGCUUGUCAUCUCGGCCGGAUGCAACACCGUCCGCCUGGUCCCGCCGCUGAUCAUCCAGGAGUCUGAUAUCGACGAGGCUACGGCCGUGUUCAAGCAGGUCCUGCAGAAAAUGGAGCAGUAGUAGCUGUCACCGUGCUUGCCUUGCUCCAGACUCUUACAGCAGCCGGCUUGGAUGCUCUCUGCUGCUGCUGCUGCUGCUGCUGCUGC